AUGUUUCGCCUGGCAGCACUGCUGGUAUGCCUCCUGUCCACAGGUUUGUCAUCGCCAACCAGAGGCGGACUGUGGAGGACGGGGCAGGCUCGCAUCAUCGGCGGCACUGAAGCCAGCAUCUCCAGUUUCCCUUGGCAGGUGUCCGUAGAGUCGGCGAGAGACCACACUUGUGGAGGAUCCCUCAUCAGUCCCGACUGGGUGCUGACGUCCUCGUUCUGCCUAGAUGGCUUCAGCCGCAUUUCCGAGCACAUACUACAAUUCUUGUCGCUGCGUGCGGGUACAUCCACGAGGGAGAGCGGUGGCGUUGUGUUGCUCGCCGCUGAGGUGUACCAGCACCCACUGUACAGCCCCCUCACGGUUGACUACGAUGUCGCACUCAUCAAGGUGAACGGCUCGUUCACACUGGGUCCCAACGUGCAGGCAGUCAGCCUGCCCGAGCAAGGCUACGACCCACCAGCGGGACUGCCGGUGACCGUUACUGGCUGGGGCAAGAACAUCUCUAAUGGCAGCUUGUCCAGUGUUCUUCAGAAGGUGGACGUCAACAUAGUGGACCGUGCCCUCUGCCGGGCGUCCUACGUGACCGUAGAAGUGACAGCGAACAUGGUGUGCGCUGGAGAACUGCUGAUGGGCGCUUGCUUUGGCGACUUUGGCGGACCGCUGGUCAGUGGCAGCACGCAGGUUGGCAUCUUGUCCUGGACGCUCUACCCGUGCGAGCUUGGACUCGACGUCUACGCCAACGUCGGCAAUCUCAGGUCCUGGAUCAACGAGGUCUCAGGAGUCUGAAAGGGUGCACGCCUCAUUCACUCCGAUCUUGAGUAAUCAAUACUUACAGACGAAACAUUAUUUUAGAUACUUUGUACUAAUCAAUGUGCUUUGUUUCCAGA